GAUGUGUGUCUUGCACUUCUUCAUCAGAAUUCUAAAAUUCGGGAGGCAUCUAAGGUUGCCCUGCUGUUGCCUGAUAUCAUGAAACUGAUCUGUGCUUUGGCGGCUCAUCGGAAAUUUGCUGCUCUGUUUGUGGACCGUGGGGGCAUGCAAAAAUUGCUUGCAGUUCCAAGAAUGGCUCAAACUUAUUUUGGACUUUCUUCCUGCCUAUUCACUAUUGGUUCUUUGCAGGGAAUUAUGGAACGGGUCUGUGCUCUUCCAUCAGACGUGGUCUAUCAUGUGGUUGAAUUGGCUCUCCAACUAGUUGACUGCUCCCAAGACCAAGCCCGGAAGAAUGCAGCAUUGUUUUUUGCUGCUGCAUUUGUCUUUAGAGCAGUUCUUGAUGCUUUUGAUGCUCAGGAUGGAUUGCAGAAGUUACUGGGCCUUCUAAAUGAUGCUGCUGCUGUAAGAUCAGGCGUAAAUUCUGGGGCCUUGAGCCUCUCAAGUGGAUCAUUUCGAAAUGAUCGAUCACCUGCAGAAGUCCUGACAUCAUCUGAGAAGCAGAUAGCUUAUCACACUUGUGUUGCUUUGCGGCAAUAUUUUAGAGCACAUCUUCUUUUACUGGUGGAUUCCAUUCGCCCAAACAAAAGCAAUCGUAGUGCUGCUAGGAAUAUUCCAAGUGCAAGAGCAGCAUACAAGCCACUGGACAUUAGUAAUGAGGCAAUUGAUGCAGUAUUCCUGCAACUACAGAAAGAUCGGAAGCUAGGUCCUGCAUUUGUUAGAACACGUUGGCCUGCGGUUGAGAAGUUCUUGGCAUAUAAUGGGCAUGCUACGAUGCUGGAGUUGUGUCAGGCUCCACCUGUGGAACGAUAUUUGCAUGAUUUGCUUCAAUAUGCAUUGGGUGUCCUGCACAUCGUUACACUGGUACCCAGCAGUCGCAAGAUGAUUGUGAACACAACAUUAAGCAAUAAUCGUGUUGGCAUAGCAGUCAUUUUGGAUGCAGCAAACAUUGCUACUAGUCAUGUGGACCCUGAGAUUAUUCAGCCUGCAUUGAGUGUGUUAGUUAAUCUUGUUUGUCCUCCACCAUCAAUCAGCAAUAAGCCACCUCUAAUUGCACAAGGUCAGCAGUCAGCUUCUACCCAGACCACAAGUGGUCCUCCUACGGAGACAAGAGACAGAAACAAUGAGCGUAACAUCUCAGACAGAGCUGUUCAUAUUUCUAACCAGACUGAUCAAAGGGAGCAGAAUGGAGAAUCUGGUGUUAUGGAUCGAGUUAGUGCUGCCACAGCUACUACACAGAUUGCUAACACCACCCCACAAACUCCUGGUGCCACUGCAACUUCAGGAUUGGUUGGCGACCGUAGAAUAUCUCUGGGUGCUGGAGCAGGCUGUGCUGGUCUGGCUGCCCAACUGGAACAAGGAUAUCGUCAAGCCAGAGAGGCUGUCCGCUCUAAUAAUGGAAUUAAAGUCCUGCUGCAUCUCCUCCAACCACGUAUAUAUUCACCUCCUGCUGCUUUAGACUGCCUCCGUGCUCUAGCAUGUCGAGUCCUACUUGGUUUAGCCAGAGAUGAUACUAUUGCACACAUAUUGACGAAGCUUCAGGUAGGGAAAAAGCUAUCUGAACUGAUAAGAGAUUCAGGCAGUCAGACACCUGGUACAGAACAGGGAAGGUGGCAAACUGAACUUUCCCAGGCUGCAAUUGAGCUAAUUGGGAUUGUGACCAACUCAGGUCGUGCUAGUACGUUAGCAGCUACUGAUGCAGCUACUCCUACAUUAAGGCGUAUUGAAAGAGCAGCAAUAGCUGCUGCCACUCCUAUUACUUACCAUUCUAGGGAACUUUUGCUCCUAAUUCAUGAGCACCUGCAAGCAUCUGGGUUGUCCCUAACUGCCUCUACAUUGCUUAAAGAGGCUCAGUUGAAUCCUUUGCCAUCGUUGGUUGCUCCGUCAUCUCUUGCACAAGCAGCCACCUCACAGGAAGCUACUUCAAUACAACUUAGUUGGCCCUCUGGCCGGACUCAGUCUGGAUUUCUCACUAGCAAAUUAAAGCAUAAUGCAAAGGAUGAGGAUUCCAGCAUGAAGCAAGAUUCAGCCAUCUCUUCUAAGAAAAAGACACUGACUUUCUCAUCUUCUUUUGGCCUACAUUCAAGACAUCAAUCUGUUGAUUCUCAGCAGUCACUAGUAAGAAGAGGAUUGACUACUGGGAAGGAGCUUUCUGAAUCUUCAAGUUCAUUAGAAACUCCCUCAGAACCUUCAAUGAAACAUAACAUUGAUGGAGAGUCUCAGUAUAAGACCCCGAUAAUCUUGCCUAUGAAACGCAAGUUACCUGAUUUGAAGGAUAUAGGAGUAUUGUCAUCAUCUGGAAAGCGACUAAAUGCUGGGGAUCAAGGACUUCGAUCACCUAUUUGUCCAACUCCAAGUACGACCCGUAAAAGCAGCCUGCAGAAUGAUGCUGUUGGGUUUUUUACUCCAAGUUCCACCCUGAGAAGCCAACAAGGGCGAUGCAUAGGUGAGUAUGUGGAUGAAGGCCAAUUAAACAGCUCAAAUCCUGGUCAAGUAACACCAUCCUCCCAAAUAUCAAGUGACCAGCCUAACAAUCAAGAGCGUUUAACAUUAGACUCUCUAGUAGUUCAGUAUUUGAAACAUCAGCAUCGCCAAUGCCCAGCUCCUAUUACCACUCUUCCUCCACUAUCUCUUUUGCAUCCACAUGUCUGUCCUGAACCAAAGCGAAGCCUUGAUGCCCCAUCUAAUGUGACUGCUCGGCUUGCUACGCGUGAAUUGAAGCAUACGUAUGGAGGAGUGCAUGGGAAUCGUAGGGACCGACAAUUUGUUUAUAGCAGGUUUAGGCCAUGGCGUACAUGUCGGGAUGAUGCUGGUGCAUUAUUGACAUGCAUUACUUUUAUUGGGGACUCAUCACGGAUUGCUGUUGGGAGCCACAAUGGUGAGCUCAAAAUAUUUGACUCCAACAAUAAUAAUGUGGUGGAGACCUUUACAUCUCAUCAGUCUCCUUUGACACUUGUCCAAUCUUUUGUUUCGGGAGAGACUCAACUAUUGCUUUCUUCAAGCUCCCAAGAUGUGAGGCUGUGGGAUGCAUCAGCAAUAGCAAUGGAUCCUACCCAUUCAUUUGAUGGGUGCAAAGCUGCCAGGUUUAGCAAUAGUGGCAAUGUUUUUGCUGCCUUGUCAUCAGAGUCUGCUCGACGGGAAAUCCUCUUGUAUGAUAUUCAAACUGCUCAAUUAGAGUCAAAGCUAUCAGAUACAUUCGCAAAUUCAACAGGAAGGGGUCAUGUCUAUUCCAUGAUACAUUUUAGUCCUUCUGACUCAAUGCUGCUUUGGAAUGGUGUCUUAUGGGAUCGGCGGGCCCCUGGGCCUGUUCAUCGCUUUGAUCAGUUCACAGACUAUGGGGGCGGGGGCUUCCAUCCUGCUGGAAAUGAGGUUAUUAUAAACUCAGAAGUCUGGGAUUUGCGUAAAUUCAGAUUGCUACGAAGUGUGCCUUCUUUAGAUCAAACAGCAAUAACAUUCAAUGGACGUGGUGAUGUAAUUUAUGCAAUCCUAAGGCGAAAUAUUGAGGAUGUAAUGUCAGCAGUCCAUACGCGUCGGGUCAAACAUAAUCUUUUUUCAGCUUUCCGCACUGUGGAUGCGGUCAAUUAUUCUGAUAUUGCUACCAUUCAAGUGGAUCGCUGCGUGCUUGAUUUUGCAACUGAGCCAACUGAUUCAUUUGUUGGGUUGAUUACAAUGGAUGAUCAAGAUGAGAUGUUUGCAUCUGCCAGGAUCUAUGAAAUUGGCAGGAGGAGACCUACUGACGAUGAUUCUGAUCCUGAUGAUGCUGAAAGUGAGGAGGAAGACGAUGAUGACGACGAUGAUGACGAUGCAAAUGUGGAUCCUUUACUUGGCCCUGGACUUGGUGGGGAAAGUGAGAGUGAUGCUGAUGACUUGAGCAACGAUGAAGAUGAUGAUAGUAUAACAGAUCUUGACAAUGACGACGAUGAUGGGGAUUUCAUUAUGGAUGAUUUAGACUUUGAUGGAGGAACUGGAAUUUUGGAGAUUGUGACAGAAGGCGAUGAGGAUGAUGAUGAUGAUAGUCAAGUACUUGAAUCCUUAAGUAGCGGUGAAGAGGAUUUUGUUGGUAAUGGCUUUGGUUAUUAGCAGUGUUCUAAGUGGAAAGAUUUGUUCUGGUGGGCUUGGGAGGCUGUAAUGUUUAUUUCCCUCUAAUUAAAUUCAUUUUAGGGCGAUAGAAUUUUC